GGCCAAGCCCAGGCGGCGCGCCACUGAUGCGGCAGCCCCAGCGCGUGGAAGGACGUCGUCCACGUGGUCCACGUCCAGCGUAGACGACGUCUCGUCACGUCAAUCAGAUUGUGCGGCCCUUUUGGAUCUUUUUGGGAACUUGGCCCCAAAACAAGUGAGGGUGCUGGUGCAGGUGCACGCAGGAUGGAGUCGGACGCGAGCCGUGUGUCGUCGUCGCCGGAAGCGGACGCCGCCUUCCUGUCCACGCUGCGCCGCUCCGCGCACGGCUUCCCCGGCACCGUGUCGUCCACGCAGGGCGACUCGCCCACGGGGGGGCCGCCUCCCCGACACCACCGGCUCCGCUGCCAUGACGACGACGACGACGAGGACGACGACGACGCGGACGAAGCGGACGGGCUUUCGGCGGCGGCGCGCGCGGCCUCCAAGAAGGCCGAGCGCAAGCUUCUGUCGGAGCACGAGCUUCAGUCCAUCCGGCUGAAGAUCAACAGCCGCGAGCGCAAGCGCAUGCACGACCUGAACGUGGCCAUGGACGGCCUCCGCGAGGUCAUGCCCUACGCGCACGGGCCCUCCGUGCGCAAGCUCUCCAAGAUCGCCACCUUGCUGCUGGCCAGGAAUUACAUCCUCAUGCUCAGCUCCUCGCUGGACGAGAUGAAGCGGCUGCUGGCUGACAUUUACGGCGGCGGCGCGGGAGCCGGGCCGGGGCCGGCGGCUACUGCGGGGGCGGGAGCCGCUGCAGCCGCCGCCGCUGCCGCCGCCGCCGCCGCCGCGCACCACGCUUCCUUAGCGCACGCGCACCCGGUGUCCCUGCAGCAGGCGGCUGGGCCGCCGCACGGCGCGCACCACCCGCUGCUGGCGCCGCCGCCGCCUCCUUCCGCCAGGGCCCCGCACGGACUCCUCAAGGCCCCGCCGCCUGCUUACCAGCACUGGGGGGUCGCCGCUGCCGGGAUGCCGUGCCCGUGCAGCAUGUGCAGCGCGGUGCCGCGCCUGCACGGGGUGGACGCCAACAAGUGA